ACAAGUCCAAUAAACCAAUCGGGUUUUAUUGUUGAAAAGAUUCAGGACAAAGGGGAUUACACGAUCAAAAAGAGAAGAUGAAAAUUCUUCAGAUUUUAAGAAGAAAGCUCUCUUCUUCGCAGAUUCAAAGCACAGCUACUCCUUCACUAUCUUUGGCUUUCUUCUAUCGUCAACUUCACUCCUCUUCCAAUCCAGCUUCAUUCGGCGUCGCGUUCGACAUUGAUGGCGUUUUGCUCCGCGGCAGCAACCCUAUCGGCGGCUCUCCUCGAGCUCUCAAACGCUUCUAUGAUGAUUCCGGUACUCUGAAGGUUCCCUAUGUAUUCUUGACCAAUGGAGGUGGUGUUCCUGAAUCUAAAAGAGCAAAGGAGUUGGGAAGUUUGUUGGAUGUUAAUAUCCUACCUUUACAGGUUAUACAGGGGCACUCACCGUUCAAACAGUUGAUGAGAAGAUUUGAGAAUGAGCUUAUUGUUGCUGUUGGAAAAGGAGAACCCGCCGAAGUGAUGUCUGAAUAUGGUUUUAAAAAUGUUCUCUCCAUAGAUGAGUAUGCAUCUUGUUUUGACAACAUUGACCCAUUGGCACAAUACAAAAAAUGGACAGACAAGCUGGAUGGUAAUCAGAGUAGCAAGUCUAAGCAUACAGCUUUGAGCAAUGAUCCAUGCUCGCAGAGAGUGGCGGCGGUCUUUGUUGUUAGUGAUUCUGUUGAUUGGAGCAGGGACAUCCAGGUUCUCUGUGACAUUCUAAGGACCGGAGGGCUGCCAGGAAAAGAGAUUGCACACCAGCCACCACUCUUUUUUGCAAAUGAUGACCUUGCCUAUCAGGCCUUGUUUCCAUCUGAACGACUUGGCAUGGGUGCUUUCAGAAUUGCAGUAGAAUCCGUCUUCAAUGCUAUCCAUCCUGCUGCUCUGAAGUAUACGUCAUAUGGGAAACCAAAUCCUUCUGUAUUUAAAAAUGCGGAGACAGUUCUGAUGCAUGUUCUACAAUCAUGUCCCACUAACCAUCAAGUUGAUGGUAGAAAGCAGUUUUUCAAAACCUUAUAUAUGAUUGGUGAUAAUCCCUCUGUUGAUAUCAAAGGAGCUCGACAGGCUGGAAGUCCUUGGUUCUCUAUUUUGACAAGAACUGGUGUCUUCAAGGGGAAAGAAAAUCAUGACGAUUUUCCAGCAGAUCUGGUUGUUGACACUGUGGAAGAAGCAGUAGACUACAUUUUGAGCAAGGAGUGUAUCUCAUGAUGCACAUCUGGUAAAACUCUCACCAUGUUUCUACCUUAGAUCUGUUAAUCGGACUAAUUUCCAUGAGGAAGAUGGUGGUCGUCCUAGCUUUACAGAUAAACAUUUAUAUUCCUCUUUUUGGCGAGUGAUUUUUUUUUCUUUUCAAAUUUAUUCUUGUUGCAAUAAAGCUUUGGUGAGAGCUCUGCACCUGUUGAAGAAACAGGUGCCGCAAACCUAAUUCUUAGAUCUGAGAUUUAAGUACAUAAACAUUUUAGCAUGUCACUCCCAGAUUCCAGUUGAUUUAUACUCUAGAUCAUUUCUUGUUGUAAACGAUCUUGAUAUCUGUUUUUGUCAGAAUGUCAUUGUUAAUACUCUAU